AUGCCCCGAAUACGCAAGAAGACGACCAAGCGAGGAACGACCAACCAGCGCGAAAAGAUCAAGCACAAGGCCGCGGAGACACGGAAGAAAAACAAGAAGGCGGCCAAGAAGGACACGCAGUGGAAGAGCAAACAGGCCAAGGACCCGGGUAUCCCCAACAACUUCCCGUACAAGGACCAGAUCCUCGCAGAGGUCGCCGAGGAGCGUAGACGAGCCGCCGAGGAGAAGGAGCGCAGGAAGGAGGAGAGGAGGGCUGCGAAGGCACAGGGUGCCGCUCAGGCGGAGAGCUCGGACGCGGAGGGCUCGGAGACGGCGUUCGACGGCGUCGGGUCCGUCGAUGCGGCGCUGCAGCGCAAGGCGGGAAAGCCCAGAGCGGACGCCGGGGCCGCGGCUGACGUCGAAGAGGAGCAGGUGCCCGUGCUGCUGAACCGGGACCUGCCCACCUUGGGCGCGGUCCUGGAGCUCGCGGACGUCGUGGUGCAGGUGCUGGACGCCCGAGACCCCCUCAGCUACCGCAGCUCGCACAUUGAGGAAGCGAUGGGGGACAAGACCGUGCUGUAUGUCCUGAACAAGAUCGAGGCGUGUCCGCGCGAAGCGAUCUCGUCGUGGGCCGCGACGCUGCGUAGUCGGCAUCCGACUGUUAUUUUCCGCUCGGCGUCUGCGUUUUUGUCAACCACACCGGAGCCUACUGCUAAGGGUAAGGGCAAGGCUCGAGCCGACGACGCAUGGGGUGUCGACGCGGUUCUGGCUUUCCUCAGUCAGGCUGCGAAAAAGAAGGGGGGCGACGAUCCUCUGGUCGUCGCAGUGGUCGGAGUGACAAACACCGGCAAGAGCUCAUUCAUCAACUCCCUCCUGGGAAAGGCCGCGUUGCCGACGUACAACCCAUCGUCGACGGGAACUGACAGCCCGACCACCACCACACAUGCUCAAGAAGUCACGUUGGCCAUUGAGGGGACACAAGUCCGCUUAAUCGACACGCCCGGACUCGCAUGGCAGGCACCCGCAGGGCACUCCGCAGAAGAGUCGGAACGUCUCCGCGCACAGGACAUCCUGCUGAGGAGCAGAGGACGGAUGGAGCGGCUGAAGGACCCAGCCCCAGUCGUGUCCGAACUCGUCGCGCGCGCAACGCGGGAGGACCUCAUGCUGUUCUACAACCUGCCCGCAUUCGCAGAGGGCGAUCCGACCGCGUUCCUGUCCGGCGUCGCACGGUCGCACGCGCUGAUUAAGAAGGGUGGGGUGCCGGACCUCGCCGGCGCUGCGCGCAUUGUGCUGCGCGACUGGAGCACGGGGACGUUCCCCAGGUACGCGGUCCCCCCCGCCCCGGCCUCCGCGCCCUCGGAGACGGCUCCCCCGGCGGAAUGGUAUGUGAAGGACAACGAGAUACUUGCGAGGCUUUCCAUGCGGAAGGAUCUUCGCAAGGCUGCCGGAUUGAUCAGGCUCAUAACCGGUAAGAUCGAGGACAGGAAGGUGGCCCUCGAUGCGCCCUGGAGGGAUUCUGAGAACAGCGAUGACGGCGAGAGUGAUGCGGACGAGGAUGACGAAGACGAGGACGAAGCAGAUGGGGUGGACGACGAUGCGUCUGUUGACCUUGAAGAGGAUAGCGCGGGAGAUGAUGACGAGGAAGAUGACGAGGAAGAGGAGGAAGAGGAUGAGGAAGAGGAAGAACCUCUACCACCAAUUGGUAAACGCAAGCGAGGGAUCGCAAAGGCGUCUGCUCCUCCACCUCGUCCAGUGAAAAAGGUCGCGUUCGCCGCUGACCCGAAAGAGUCCAAGCAGGCACGCUCCAAAGCAGGUGCGGCGGGCUCACAAGCGGCUGCUCGUAAACUCAAGCAGAAGGCGGACAUGCCUGUGAAGACUAAACCCGCCAAAGCCCCUGCGAAGAAGGCGAAAGCGGCCCCAACCAAAAUCCCAGCACAGAAGGUUGCUAAUACAGCUUCGAAGAAAGCCGUCGUGCCUUCCGGCGAGAAGGGGGAGGAGGCAUAUGACUUUAAAAAAUUCUUUUAA